AUGGAUCCCUUCGUGCGUCUCCCGGACGAUCUGCUUCUCGCGAUCCUUUCGCGCGUGGGCAGCGCGGCGCGUGACGUCACCCGGGCCGCGAUGACGUGUCGGCAGUGGAAUGAAGUGACGCGGAACGCGCCUGCGCUGUCCCUGGGAUCGAGCGGCGGCGGCGCUGCUGCUAACCAAGCGACGUACUUAACGUUUGAGCGCCAGGCCUCGCGAAUGAUCCUCCGCACGCGCGCCCUGCGCCACCUCACCGUCAUCUCCCCUCCCGCACCGCCUGCCAACGUUGGAGGGCCGUGCUGCCCCCCCAGCCAGACGCCGUCAAGCGGAUGUCACAAAAACUCCAGCGAACGUCCCAGUCCCACUGGCAGCGCACGUCCCAGUCAGCGCACCGACUGCGCCGCUGGCGCUUCUGCGCCGCUCCCCCAGCCCCGCCAUCCGCGGGAGUUUAUCUUCGAGGCGUGGAUGCGCCACGUUGGAUCGUCUCUGCACUCUCUCACUCUCUCCCGCACAAUUCCCGAUGUUACUUCCCUGAAGCGCCCUCGAGGCGGUUGCGCCAGCAGCACCAGCGGUGGCAACAGCAGAGGCGGCGACGGCGACGGGAGCAUGGUGGUGAACCUGUGGGAGGAGGAGGACGCGAGUCUGCAUCUCGCGCACAUUUCCCGCCACUGCACCAACCUGCACUCGCUCUCAUUGGGCCACGUGUCCCUCUCCGCGCCGACCCUUCUCUCCACCCUCAAGCCCAUGCCGGCCCUGCAGCACCUCUCUCUCUCGUGGCUUCAUGCAUCUCCUGCCGCGCUUCAAGCUGUGCUGGAAGCAACUCCGAACCUCCGCCAGCUCACAAUUUUCAUGGCGUCGGGUUUCCCUCACCUAGAACUGCGGCUUCCCCCGUCCCUGCAGCACCUAUCACUCUCCUACAUUCGUGCGGACUCCGUAACGCUUUACUCCGCGUGCUCUCUCCAAUUUGUCUCUCACCGCGACAUGUUUCUCGGCGCACUAUCCAUCCGUGACGCGCCGAACCUGCGCCAACUCUCCGUUGCCUCGGCCAACAGCCUGCUCGUCUCCGCGCCUCACUCCAGCCGGCUCGAAUCGAUCAACCUCCGCGCGGGCUCGCUCAACUGGCCUGCCACCGAAACCCUAAUUUCGUCCAAUUCGGCUGCGCUCAAGUCGCUCUCCCUCGAUUUUUUUGCUACCAGCAGCUCGGGCCUGCCCUCGGUUUCGCCGCUGUCCUGGCUCACACGGAACUGUGAAAAUAGUAGGUGUGGGGCCUAG